ACCCGGACCGCGGUCCGCCUGGCCUCUGCUCUAAGGCUUUACUCCCGAGCAUGUGUUACUGCAUUACCGAAACUGAAUGUUUGGUGUACACAUUUUUUUUCUUCAAUAAAGUUGAUUGUAAUAAAAGUUUUUAUCCGUGUUUAGUUGCAUUGUCUUAGCAAGUUCACUUCUUUUUCCGUCCAUGUAAUUUUCAAUGUGGUGACGUAAUCCAUCUAACAAGUUCGAAUCGCGUGGCUGCCUUGGCCGCGUUCUAAGACUGAUGACGCAGUGUACACGUAAUUUAGAACGCGAGCGCUCACUACCCAUUUCGAGUAUUCCACGGGUUAGUUACGGAUCGCGCUUCUCUUCUGGUGAAAUCAUGUCUGUCAGUGAACCUUCCCGCGCUCAGAUGGCAUCGGAAGUGCCUGAGAUUCUGGUAGAUCCCAAGACAUUAAGGUCCUACGGCAGGGAUGAGCUUUUGGGACAGGGCGCUUGUGGCAAAUGCUAUAAGAUGACCGAUCUUGAAACUGGCGACACCUAUGCUGUUAAGGUCAUCCGGCUAUAUUCCUGGGGAGUGGAGGAGGUCUGUGAAGAAGUACAGAUUUUAAAAACACUGCGGCACAAGAAUGUGGUGGGGUUCUCCCACUCUUUCGAAGAUGACAAAUUCAUGUAUAUUUUCAUGGAGUUGUGCAGUGGGCAGACACUCGGUGACAUUUUAAAAGCUCGGGGGACUUUGACUGAGCCCGAAGUGCGAUACUACAUUAACCAGCUGAUUUCAGGGUUAACAUACAUCCACCGGCAAGGUUACGUCCACAGGGACAUCAAGUUGGAAAAUUUAUUUAUCAAUGACCAAAUGGAACUGAGAAUUGGGGAUUUCGGACUGGCGGUCAAGCUGAAGCCGAGGGAGAAAGAAGUGUGUGGUACUCCCGUCUACAUGGCUCCAGAAGUGUGGAAACGAGAGGGCCAUGGAAGGGAAGCGGACGUCUGGGCACUGGGCUGUGUCAUGUACCAGCUUCUGGUUGGGGAAAUCGCAUUCUACGAUGACAAUUACUGGGAGAUGCUCAAGAAUAUAAAGGAAGCCAAAUUUAUUCUACCGCAGAAUCUCUCUAUUGAAGCUGGGAAACUGAUGGGCAAGAUAUUUAGAAUCGACCCACGGGAUCGCCCGUCACUAUCGAAUGUCCGUCGCCACAAGUUCUUCACAAAGGGCUUCACUCCAAAGACACUGCCAGCUAGUAGCUGCAAUACACCACCAAAGCAUAAAUCAGUCAACCCAUUCAAAAAGAUUUUCAACCGUUUCAUGCGCCUGAUACGAAAAAAGCGAUCCAGAGUUGAGCCUUUACGGGAGGAUGCCGAGCAGAGUGGACUUGAGAUCCCCCAGCCUGUGGAGUCACUCCGUGUUCUAGAGGAUGUCAACAGACCAAUGAACAAAUUGACCUGGUCCAGUUGGUCAAAGUGGUUGAGGGACCUGUAGGCAGGCUGUACUCAGCAAGUGCAGUGACGCCCCACACCUGAGUGCCUCCCCCAGCUCCCUGUCCACUCCUGUUUCAAUAAAGUUCUUUUGUGUUUCAAGCA